CCUGACCCUGAGCGUACUGGCCGCAAACAACGCCAACGCCAACGCCGUACAACCUUCGACUUGCCAUGUAAUCAUGUCUAAAAAGCCUGCGAAAGGCGAGUACAUCGAAACUGAUACAGGCAACAAAGUAUCGCGCCGCUCCCAAAUAAUUGGCACAACAAACAUCAUCCUCGGGGGUAAGACAGUCAUCCAAGCCGAAGUAAUCAUCCGCGGCGACUUGCUUCGAACUUUCCCGCCCAGCAAUCCGAGCGAGAAGCAGGGGAAUCCAGUCGCGGUAGCUAUCGGACGGUACUGUUUCUUCAGUCGAGGAUGCGAGCUUCGGCCACCUGGGAAGCUCUAUAAGGGGCAAUUUUCGCAUUAUCCCCUCAAGAUCGCAGACCACGUCUUCGUCGGUCCAGGCUCUAUCAUCGAAGCAGCACUCGUAGGAAGCCAUAUCAAUAUUGGAUCGAACUGCGUCAUUGGUAAAUUCACAAUCAUCAAGGAUUACGUUAAGAUUAUGGAUGGAACAGUUGUGCCACCCAAUAUGGUCAUCCCAAGUUUCUCCAUCGUGGCGGGUCGGCCUGGAAGAGUUGUUGGAGAGAUUGCAGAGGGCGAGCUUGAUGGAAUGGAUUUGAGGGAAAUCUACAGGAGUGUAGGCAACAAUUAGAAAACCGGGUAUGGAAGAGACGAAGGUCGUGCGAGAGUUUGACGGAAAUGGCACCCAUUUCCGCGAUGCCUUUUCCUGAAUUCCUCUUCUUCUGAUCUUGCUUCAACUCUUCCGGCUUCUUGGCUACAUUCGUCACAACCUCCAGCCCUGUAAUAUUGUUCCCCACAGAAAGAAUCCGCCAAACUAUGAAACGGAUACCUAAGCCUUCUGCUCCAGCCUGAAGUCCCGCGUACCGAGUUUCAACUCUUCUUUAUAAGUCAUACUCACCAAGCUAUAAAGAUUCAGAAUAAAGCGGAUGAUACGUAUACGAAUCAGUAUUCCAAGAAGCUAUUGGUGAGUUUGAGCUAUAUUCUGGAGCACUGUUACCCUCAGCGAAAGCAAACUAGACGCGGAGGCAAUAGUGAAUACCACUCUUCCCUUACGCAGCCAAUGAUGCAGACUCUGAUCACAGGUCAGCCUAAGGUGCUAAAGAAGCUUUCCAGUGUCCAGCGCAUAUUCACAUGCCCUUCUGCCACACGGGUCCUUCACAGCACUACCUCAUCCUCAUCCCUAUGCCAAAGCGGAAAUUAAGCGAGCAAGCAACAGCUG